AUGUUCACCAAGUCUCUUUUUCUAUCGGUUCUGCUCUUCUUCUCGGCGACCAAUUUCGCUCAGCCGACACGGAGAACAAUAUACAAACGCUUGUCCGGCGUCAAGAUUCAGUCCGGGCAUACUGGUAAAUGUCUUGUACCGGAUGGAGGUAGAGAUGCUACUGCCGGUGCGCAGAUAUCGACCGUAGACUGCACAGAUUAUGGGGUUGGACACUGGGAUAUGGACUAUGGAAGCGGGCAGGUAGUGUUGACUAGUACCGUGGGCGGAGACGAUAUCUUGGUCAUGGAUGCUGGUACGGGAAAGGACAACGGGGAGUCUUUGACCGUUGAGAAAUAUAGUAAUGGAACUUUCGCUCAAACCUGGUAUCUCACCACCGACAACCGCAUCGCUAUCACAGACGGCGAUGAGUGUAUGGAGAUGGACGACUAUGACAAGGUGAUAACGAAUCCCUGCGAGGGAGGCGAUACUAACCAAGUCUGGUGGCUGUUGGCGGGGGAUGACGCAUCGACGUUGGCCCCACCUGACAGCACAUCGGCGGAAGCGGCUUCGUCCACCACCUCCGGCAAUGCUGACGUUUCCACCACCACUGGUGGCUCUGUUGCCCAAAGCUCUGGGGCUGCUACAUCUUCGAGUGGGGCUUCGGCGAGUCCCUCCAAUGGCGCCUUGGUUGCCACAGCUGGAGGGUCGGCAGAGUCGAGCUCCGCAACAAGCAGCACCGUCAGCAAAGUGACGAGCGAGGUCUCCAGCAGCGAGGGGAAGAAAAGCGCUACAUUGACUUCGUCCUCUGUCUCUUCCAUCAGCAUAAGUUCCACUGCAAGCACCACCACCAGCAACACGGCGAGCAGCGAAGAAAAUGUUACUAGUGUUGUAUCGAGCGACAAACAAGAGAGUGCCACGUCCGACAGCGACUCGGAGUCUUCAUCUUCGGCCGCCCCUACAGCGACUACAAGCUCGGAGGUGGACAAGAUAGAAACUUUCCAUUGUCUUGGACGACGUCGCUGUGCAGCAUAA